CACGUGGUCGUACGUCACACAUCUAUUCAGUUUCAAAUUUAGAUCAGCUGGAUAAAUUCCCUUCACUGACAAGCUUAUAUUUAAUCAAAAUUGGUAUCUAAACGGAUCUAAAAUAUGACAAACUCAACUUCUAUUGUCGAAAUGAAGAAUAUUUACUCAAAUAUAUAUUUACCAGUUGUUUUGGGUGUAAUUUUAGCAAUAUUAUUAGCAGCACUACUGUUUUUCUUAUGGAGAUUACUGAUAAGAGUACGAAGAAGAAGGCAAUUAUUAAAAGACAUGACACCAAAAUCGAACCAUCGCAUGAUAGGAGUAAGAGCUAACGACUCCAUACGUUUCGUGGUUCCUACCAUACAAAUUUACGAAACUACCGAAGAUUCUCUUUCAGAAACUGAUUCGAGUGGCUCUAAAUUUUCGGACAGAGAAGGAAGGAUACGUAAAGUAAACUUUACAGGAUACCAGAUUCAUCCUCAAGAUUUAGAGAAGAAUCUUUACGAAGGUGAUGCGGAGGAUGGAGUAAAAGCACGUGAAAAUAUAGGAUGCGUGGGAUUUUCUUUACAUUAUAACUAUCACAGGAAACAGUUAUGUGUACGGCUCAUCGCUGCAACCGAUAUUAAAUCGCAUUUUAUGAAAGGUACAGCGAAUCCUUACGUCAAAUUACGUUUGCUGCCUGAAAAAGCUCCAAAAUACUACACUCGUGUACAUAGGAAUACUCUGAAUCCUGUGUUUAACGAAACGUUCGUUUUUCCUGUUAAACUUUAUGAAAUUGAAGAGAAAAUAUUGAAAAUUACUCUAUGCGAUUAUGAUAAAUAUUCGAGAAAAGUUAAAAUUGGUGACGUUAAAUAUCCAAUUAAAAAUUCGCCUAUAACAAGUUCAAUUAGUGAAGACGUGACUACAGAAGAUUUAUGGUUAAGCCUGAAAUUUAAUUCUGAUAAAAUUAAUGAAAACUGCGGAGAAUUAUUAAUUUCAAUUUGUUAUAAUCGUGAAAAAACAACUCUUACUCUCACUAUAUUAAAGGCUAGAAAUAUUCAUAUAGAAGGAAAAGAAAAGGAUACAGCAUCCGUAUACGUCAAAGUCACUUUGUACGUACGAAAGAAAUUAGUUCGAGCUAAGAAGACUGUUUUUAAACGGAAAACACCAGAAAUAGAAUUUAAUAACAGUUUCCAGAUCCACGUACCUCCUUCAGCUCUCGACGAAGUGGAUAUUUUAAUUACUUUAUGUGGAAAAUCUGGGAUAGGUAGCAAAUACAUCAUCGGAAGAACCCAAGUUGGAGCCAAUUGUAUAUCUCAUCAAGGAAUUCAACAUUGGCAAGAUAUGGUUGCUAGUCUAAACAGCACUUCUAUUCAUUGGCACACUCUAAUGCAUUAAAUUAAUUUGUUAAAUGUAUAUAUUUAUAUGUUUUUUAAGUCUAGUAAAAGUCUAAAUUGUAGAAACCAUCGUUUCGCUCUUGUCGCUUCGCGUCGCCUCGCGUCGAGCUCUUCAUUAUUAAAUUCUAUUCAGAAAGGUUAACACGCUUUAAUAACAUAAUUACUGUAUUGUAAUGUUAGUAAUUUUUAACUUUAUUUUAAUGAUUAUAUUUUUCUGUGAUACAUUUCCAUUGUCGAGUCUCACUUCGCAACGCGACGCGACGCGACAAUUGCGCUUCCUCUUUGAAAUAGUAUAAUAGACAAUUUCAUGAUGAGACAUUUACACAUUUCUUUUUUUCUACUGAAUAAAUUAAGCAUCUCAUAUAUUGUAUAAGUAUAAAUGUUACCCACUUUUUUAUAUAUUUAUUUAAUUACUUUUGUUUGUUUUUUUUAUAAAAU